AGUGUGCUGGUAUUUCUGCCAGGUUGCAGCUCGCAUCGAAACCCCCUCCGCGCAGCACAUAAUCGGACCAAACCAUUGCCGCAGUUUGAGGUUUUAACACCUGUCACAUGAGCGUCGAGUUGCGUAAACCGGCGGCUCCCACUGCAGCCGAGUGUGUCCACUCCGCUCCACCGCAGAGCAGACACCAGACGCGGUCGUGUUGAGGAGCUGCCACAGAGCAGCGUCCAGAGAGAGGAGCCGCUCAAUUACACCGACUCCCCUAUUGUGCGUCCGGGCUGCAGCAUCAGCCACUGCCUGCAAUGGCGAUGCUGUAGCGUUAGUAGUGAGUCCAAACGUUCCUGAAGUGGCGAUUCCCGUCCCGGACUACAUUUACGAGCGUGUGUGUGUGCGGGGAAGCGAUGUUAUCGUCGGAAAGGCUUUGCAGUGAGAGCGUCGUUAUUCACCCCUGGAUUACUGUUUGUUUUCAUCGCGAGUCAAACGGAGACGGAGCCAUGAAUGUCAGAUUGUAGACAGCGCUGCGGUAGGCCAAACUAAACUCCUCACUCCUUCUGUUCUAAUGAGGCCACGGCAAUGCUGACAUCUCCUCUGAACCCAAAGACACCAUCAUGCUAAAGACCGAGGCGUCGGGGGAGAGGACCAGCCUCAGGAGUGCCUCCCCCCACCGCAAUGCCUACCGAGCGGAGUUCCAGGCACUCAAGAGGGCCUUUGACCAGCCUCGGAUUGAUGGAAACUCAAAACCCAAAGAUUUGGAAAGGGUAAAACAACCGAGAGGUCGCCAGUAUGGCUCCCAUGUCAGCCGCAUCAAGGACAUGUUCAUGCAGAUGGGCUCAGAGACUAUAGCAGCUAAGACAAAGGGUCAAGAUGAUUCUUCACCACAGAAGAUGGUCAAGCCCACCAACUUCAUCAACAAGGCCGAUGGAUCCGUGAUAAAACUCCAGCAUUCCUCAUCAGCUGAAAGGAUCGGAGCUUUGGGAGCAAAGUUCUCCGAAACGAGGAAGCUGUUUGAGCAGCAGUCCCGUGACCAGUCCCAGUCACCCGUCUUUCACUAUGGACGUGAUAAAAGAGGCUCCCAUGAGCACCUUGAUGACUGGCGAGGUGCAAGGUCCAAUCGAGGCAGCACAGACUCCCUGGACUCGCUUUGCUCCAGAACCGAGGCAUCCUCACCGACUGUCAGUCAACUCAGUGCUGUUUUUGAAAAUGUCGACCACCACAAUCAGGGCGCGCCCGGCAGAGGAAUCAGCAGACGAGCCCUCUACUCGCCAGAUGGAUUCAACCGUCAAGGGGGGGAUCUCAGUGAGGAUGAUUCACGACAGUCUCCAGUUCGUGGAAAUUACCGGAGCAGGACAGGGGGAAGGUUCCCCUCGUCCAUGUCCUCUGAGGACCUCUUGACUCCCAGUCUUGAAGCAGAGACAGAGGAGAUGAAACAUGCUCCACAAGAUGAGGAUGCCCAAGACAAAGCAGACAAGGCCGGAGAUAGACUGCGGCUUUCUGGGGCCACCACUGAUGUAAGCCAGGUGAAUGGUUCUUGUAAGGAAGAUGAGGAACUUUCUGAGGAUCCUGGGCUGUCCAAAGCUUCAAAACCUUCAGAUGAUGCUGUGAUUACCAACAAAACCUUUAGUGAUGCCACUCCAGAGCCCCUGCCAACCACAAACACACCAGCUGAAAGCCAGCAGGCUGGAGAUGGCUCUCGAGAAGAAAAGCCUUCUGAAUCGCCCAAUGACCAGGUGGAAGAACCUAUUGAGGAAUAUACUGGGACUGAGCGUGUGGUUUUUAAUGCAGAUGGAGAUGCUUGUUACCAGGGUUGGGGUGAGAGCUGUACAGAUCCUGAUGAUGACCUCUAUGGAGACGAUGAAGAUAUUGACUAUGACCCAGGCUCUGAUCUGACCGAGCUUCCUGGUCUCCCAGAGGAAAAUAAAGAGGACGUCCCUCCAAAGAGGAAGAUCUGCUUCAGCACUGCCCCCAUUACGGUGUUUAACACUUACUCCAAUGAGGACUAUGACCGACGUAAUGAUGAAGUGGAUCCUGUGGCGUCCUCUGCAGAAUACGAGCUGGAGAAGAGGGUGGAGAAACUGGAACUCUUCCCUGUGGAGCUGGAGAAAGAUGACGAUGGCCUGGGGAUCAGUAUCAUAGGCAUGGGCGUCGGUGCCGAUGCGGGUCUGGAGAAACUGGGCAUCUUCGUCAAGACCGUCAUCGAGGGCGGAGCGGCUGAGCGAGAUGCCAGGAUAAAGGUCAAUGACCAGAUUGUGGAGGUGGAUGGAACCAGUCUAGUGGGCGUCACCCAGAGCUUCGCUGCCUCCGUCCUCAGGAACACAUCAGGAGUGGUUCGGUUUAUGAUUGGCCGAGAGCGUCCGGGCCAGCAGAGCGAGGUGGCCACUCUGAUCCAGCAGACACUGGAGCAGGAGAGGAGACAGAGGGAGCUGCUGGAGCAGCAGUAUGCCCACUAUGAUGCCGAUGACGAUGAGACGGGAGAGUACGCCACGGACGACGAGGAAACGGGGACGACGGGGGCCGAGGAGAAGAGCAUCGAGGUGUUCGACUUGCCCGAGACGGAGGACAUCUUGUCUCCCUCGGAGUUAGAUGCCAAUAAACUCUACCAGAAAUUCAGAGAGCUCCAGAUCAAACACACAGUGACCGAGGCCGAGAUCCAGAAGCUUAAAAACAAGUUGGCGUCAGUGGAGAAAGAGAAGCAGCGCUGGGAGAAAGAGAAGAGCCAGCUGAAGGCGAGCAUAGAGGAGAACAAGGAGAGGAUGCUGAAACUGGAGAGCUACUGGAUCGAGGCGCAGACUCUGUGUCACACUGUCAACGAGCACCUGAAGGAGGCGCAGGCCCAGUAUCAGUCUCUGGAGAAGAAAUACAACAAAGCCAAGAAAUUAAUCAAAGACUUCCAGCAGAAGGAGGUCGAGUUUAUCCAGAAGGAGGAUGCAGAGAGGAAGCGGCUGGAGGAUGCAGAGAAAUCUCACCUGGCUGAGAUCCAGGGACUCCAAGUCAGGAUUGCAACAUUGGAGUCCGAGCUCAUGCAGCUGAUGAAGCAAAAUGGCAUCCAGGUCAACAACAACAACAACAGCAACAGCGCCGAGAGGCUGAGCGCUCAGCAACGCGGUCCCAUCUGCGCUGCAGCACAAGCCAGAGGUUUGGUUUUGUUAGGAUCAGUUGGAGCUGGAGCCACUGCCGUGCAGAGGACGUUGGUCGGGAGUGAGACCCUCACACUGAACAAGUCGCCAGUUCAUCACACUUGGUCUGGAGUACAUGCUGUUCAGAACACUUUGCCUUUGAUUGCACUUCAUUCUUUUUUUUCUGGGACCACUUCUAAGCCUUUUAGCUGUAAUUUUUCACUUCAUUCUCUUUCUUUCCUCGUCUUCUGGCUUAAUUCAACUUCUUCUCUUUCUUUCUUUCUUUACUUUUCUGCAUACGUUCUUCUUCAGGUAUUAGGUUCUAUUUGUAGCGUGGCCCCUGGUGAAGGAGGAGCCGCCGUCUUCAGAGUGCCAGGCAGCACCGAAAGCUCCCCGAGAAGAACUCUGCACCAAACGACCGCCCCAGGACUCCUCCAGGAUGGUUCUCAGUCGAGCCCGUGUCACAGCCUGGAGGAGCACAGGCAGACUCUAGACUCUGGGUUCCCUCUCAGGAAAACCAACAGCUCCACAGAGCCAUCAGCAGAGGACAGUCCAGAAAAACUCAAGGCCAAGACCUCCCUCACAUGGCCCCACUUCUUCUCUUAUUCAUAUUACUUGGGGCCCACCUUCAACGAGGAUCUGAGUGCGAGCAGCAGCAGCAGCUCAGUGGAAAUCAGCGGUCCGCUGAGCGAGGCCAAGAAGUCUGGACGCUCUCACGCGCUUGUGCUGUCCUCAGAUGAGAGUCUGGAUAUGAUAGAUGACGAGAUCUUCGACGAGAGCCAGCUUUCGAGGCCGCAUCAGUGGCAGAACCACGGUAUUACAGAGUGGACCUCGCAGCAGGUGGCCCGCUGGCUCAUGGGCCUCAACUUAGAACACCAUAUCCCAGAAUUCACUGCCAAAAACAUAGAUGGAGAACAGCUGCUGGAGCUAGAUAGCACUGAGCUAAAGGCUCUUGGAGUCACUUUGUCGCAGGACCGCGCUCUGAUCAAGAAAAAGAUCAAGGACCUCAAAGUUCUGAUGGAGAAGGCCAAGAGGAACCGCGAGAAGGUGGAGAAACAGCGCGAGAAGCUUCGGAAGAGAGAGCUGGAGCAGCAGCCGCAGAAGGAGACGGAGUGAAGAAAAUUGGCUGGCUCACCUUUACUGUAGCAAAUCAGCAGCAUGGAGCAGGGAUCGAAACUGUCAGGAGGCCCACAAACAAGCCCUGAGGGACACCUUCUCUGUAGUUUGGUAUAGUUCUCACUGCUGGAGCUCCAACCCCAAAAUGACCGUGUGUUCAGUGACCUUUUUUUUCCACCACGAAAAUCAAACCAAAAUAAUCAGUUAGAUGUAAGUAAGAUGCUGCCCCUUCAUCGGCCUCACUAUACACCCAUCCUUUUGUUUUGUUUUUCAGCCAUUUAGAAAAUACGAUCUAUUUUAAAAUUGUAAAUUGGGUUUAUUUAUCGUUUCUAGAUGAAUCAUUUCUGUGCUCAUUUCUUCACCAUCCCACCGUCGUCCUCAGAGCCAUGACACAACAUGACCUUGUGCAUAUGGACAAAUGCAGACACAUAUCUCUCUGAUGUGCCAUGUGGUUUAGACGUAUGUAUAUAUUGUUCAGACACAUUGAUUCUAUUGCUUUGAAGCACACACACAAGUCCGUGUGGAAUAUGGAACAUGUGAGGCAGUACUCAUCUCCCACCACUGGGUGGCCACAUGCUGCUUACUUUGACUACUGACCAAGUCAACACACUGGGACGGUUUUAAGCCGAACUGAACUGGCAACCAAAUUUCUCUAAGAGAGAAAAGUUUUUUUCACCAGAACACUGGACAUGUAAACACUGUACAUUUAUUUGAACCUGACAGUAUACUGUACAUGUACCACAAGUAUAACAGUCCUCUAUGGCGGGGACACGCUGUAGUCAUAGGACUGAUUCUAAUGGACACUUCAGGUACAUAUAAUUACUUACCAAACCCCGUAUCAUACAUGCAACACACUCACACACAAAAAAAAACCCUUUUAAAAAGCAACUUGGGUGCAUAAAUGUGCAUAAUCUUGCUUUGACUCUGCUUGUAAACCUGCUUUUGCCCACUUUUUAUCGUCUCUCAAUCAAACCAUGAAUUAAUACCCCACCACUGCCUUUAGACAUUAAGUAGGAGUAGGAUUUUUCUUCUGAACUCUACGCUUAUGUGAGUGUUAAAAACACACAGUAAAGCUGACCCAUCCAUUUCUGGUUGUUCUUUUAUAACAAGUCUGUUUGGAAUACUUAAGGAUAUUUAAGAAUGCUGCCACACACAUGUACACGAGUAUUUAAGAUGACCUGAUACUACUGAUGUUACACUGGAAAUUGUGCACCUGAUAGAUGCAAUAUUGUUUUAAUUUCCUCAUGAACCUGGUUCAGCAAGAUGUACCUUUUCUUUCUUUUUUUAUUUAUUGCGUAGACGAAGAAUAUAAUUUGGAACUUUGAUUUUUGACCUCUUUAUGUACUUUAUGCAGUUUAGGAUGAUACGUCUCUGUGAGGGACGAGUCCCGCGUGUUCCUUCUCGAUCAUUCCCAGGAAUCAUUCUAUAGGUUUACAGCAAAUAUAGAGACACUAGUUUCCACCGUGAUAGAAACAAAGGCAACUUUCAAUUUUUAGUCCCUUUUUGUCUUCAGGGUUAACGGGUUAAGAGCAAGAAUAAUCGUCGUGGUUACCGGAAACCUCCAAGACAGGAAUCACGACUGAUCUGUUCAGUGUUUUUAUUUAUUUAUUUAUGUAUUUAACAAAGCAACCUACUAUUGUUUGUAAUGACGUAUACAAAAUAAGAGUAUUACUAACACCUAAUAAUGAUUUAUCCAGAAUUGUAUAAUCACCCCUCCCCCCCAGCAAGACAUAAUUAAAACUGUAACAAACAAAGGGAGGGACAGUUUGGAACGAAAACAGUAACUCUCUCUCCCCCCGAUUGUCCUCUAACUCAACCGCAGUGCUGCUGCUACAGUGCGACUCCAAUAAACCGCUCAUGAUGUAUUCUUAUGAACUGUUUUGUAACACUUGAACCUCUUCUGUGAAUACCCUCGCUCUUUUUUUGACUCUUUUGUAUGUGUAGUUAAAAAACAACAACAACAACUGCGAGCAAUAUUGCUGUACGAAUCCUACAGAAGCCUUGUUUUCUAUCGUGUCACAGCGUGUGUCCGCCGGGGGCCGGGCGAGGCGAGCAGGGUCCGGCCUGAGCCAAAAUGUGAUUCCAUAUCUUUUCUAUGUGCUUGACAGAGCUUGCCUGGCACGAUGAAACCAACGUAUGAAUGAGUCCCUGGUGCUACUUGCGACGUUUUCGAGCAGCGUCUGGAAGGGUGUUUGGCGUUCACGUGCGCCAGGAAGCAAAAGAUAAUCACACUGCUAUAGCCAUGCGCUCACUCUAUUCGAAAGCUAAGCUCACUCUCCUCCUUUAUUUGUCAUGACCUUGAUCUCCCUCUCUCUCUCUCUCUCUCCCUCUCUUUUUUGGCAUUCUGAAAAGUUUGAAAGGGCAGCUACCUGUCACACUGAAUAAAACGUGCAGCCACUGUC